UUGAAUAUCUUUUUCAAGUGUAGUAACACUGCAUGAUCAAUCGUAUCCGUAAUCAUCGUCAGUGCUCUAGGUAUAAUUUAUACAAAUAUAACAUCUUUUGUUUAAAUUAAUUCAUUAAAAUUUUUAUCGUGAUCAUACUUAUGUUUAACAAUUUUCUUCAAUUUCUAUAUAAAAGUAUUUUAUUUCGUGAAUUUCUAUUAUAUUUACAAUUCUAAUCUAUCUGGCAGUGAAAUAUAUAAUUAGGACAAAUCUAACACUGGAUCGUUAACAUGAUUCUGUUGAUAAACGUUCAUGCUUUCCUAAUGCUAACUGUGAAUCCAACUUCAUCGACCUUAAGCGGGUUACGACGCUGUCGAGCAUUGUACGAUUGCGAAGCAGAUAACGAGGAUGAGCUGUCGUUCCGGGAAGGAGAGGUGAUCAUCGUAACAAAUGAACAAACCGACGACGACAACUGGAUGGAAGGCGCUCUUGAACGAGCACCUGAAAGAAGAGGAAUGUUCCCGAUUAGUUUCGUGCACAUGUUGCAAGAUUAACAUUCGGUAAGCCUGAACUCAUUGGCAAGUGUCUCCAGUACUGCCAGCUCCGUGAGCAUCGCUAGUCUCGGCAGGAAAUCUUGGACGAGGAAACCGAAGGAUUGAAUACAAAGGAUCAAGCAUUCAGUUCUAUAAUUUUUAAAAAAUCGUGGGUUCCUUCUCUUGGUACUUCUUUUCUCUCUAUCAAUAUUAAUUUUAGGUCUUAAAUUUUACGUGAAGUCUUUAUUGUUUGAGGAGAAGAUAAUGUAUAAUGAAUUUCUAUGAUUUGUUGCACGUGAUUAACGGAAAAAGUUGAAUGUCUUAAACAUGUUUCUAUGCAAGCGUAAUACAGAUGUCCGUAUGUGCAAUUUGUUGUAAACAAAUAGUUACGUUUCAAUCAAAUCUGGAAACAUGCUUAAGAGAGUAAAUCUUCUUCAUCAUGCUUUUGUUGAUACAAAUUCUUUAUAUUAUUUAGUUUCAUUAUUUUGUUACAAUAGAUUUACUUAUUUAUUAUUUUUAAUUCUGUUUUAGAAAUUUGAAAUAGUUCUUCAAUUUAUAACUUCAAACAAUUCCAGAGAAGCAUAUUGAUUUUCUAAAAGAGAUUUUAAUAAUUAUUAUAUGAGAAAAUACUCUAAUCUAAAAAAUAUUUAUUUAAGUUUGUGAGAAGGAAAUCAAACAUUGAAGAAUUCAUUAAAAAAAAGUAAUAUCUGACUAAAAAAUCAAUAUGAAUGUUGAAAAAGUUAAAGUUUGUCUUUGAGAAUCGUUAGAAACAUCAUGGAGAAGAAGAGAAGUAGUUACUAUAGCCUGAGCAAAAUAAAUUGGCUAUAUAAAGUUACAAAUAGACAAACUCUCAUUAUGCUAUAAAUUGCAUGCAAUUUAAAAAACAUAACUUACAAAUAUUCUAAUGAUCAUAAUUUUUAAAUAUCCCAUAUUUAAAACAUGUAGUAAAACUACAAAAAAAAAAAUAAUUUGAAGGAAUUAUUUUAUAAAAUAAAACGAAAUGAAGUAAAAAUUUAAAACAUAUAAAAACUUUAUACAAAGGAAGUUAUUGUGAUGCAAAUUUAUAUUAUUAAGUAUAGUUAAAAGUAUAUAAUAAUUUUUUUUAUUCUUAAUAAUCUUAAAAAAAAGAGCUUAAGAAACCAAUUAAUAUUGUUCAGACUAUAGCUUUGAUACUUCAUCUGCUGUACCUAGACGUGCCUAUUCGAGUCGGAUACUCAAACGUAAAGAAAAAUCUUAUACAAGUCUACAAUUUAAAAAUUUCAAUAAAAAUACAUUCAAUGGCAGAAGAACAGGAAUAAGUUGAACACCAAUUGUUUCGAACAGGAUGAAGAAAUCGAAGACUGGAUCGUUCUGAAGGCCGACGAUAAACAAACAGAAAAUGUGAUAUAAAAUAUAUUUCAGUAUAAAUUAUUAGUAUUAUGAAUCGGAUUCAACAAAAAAAAAAAAAUUGAAAAACCAUACGCUAAUAAAAUAAAACCAUCAUACAUGUUUAUGAUAAUCGAACAGAGCGUUGCAAUCGAAGCAAAUCUAUCAUAAAUUACGAUAUUCGUUCGUAUUAAAUUACAACUAACAGAGGAUACUGGUUUAUCUUGUUAGCUGUUGAUUAUCAAUUCUACUACGUAGAGCAACACGUAUUCGAUCGAAAUACUAAUCAUAUUUGGUAAAUGUGCACAAUUUCGUGUAUACAGAGAUAAAGAAUUUAAAAAAAAAAAAAAAAAAAAUAAAGUGUAUGUAUGCGUGUAUGAAUGUGUGCAUGUUUGUAUGCAUAUAAUUAUAAGAAAACAAGAGAAAGAAUACAGAACACAAAUUCUGUAAUUUGUUGCAUGUCUUUAAGUAUCUGGCGCACACUUCUUUCUGUACUGCCAAUGCUGAAUAUAUUCUAUAUGCAAUUGCGUUCCAGGCGAAUAAAACAAAAAGAAAUUAAUAGAAGAACAUUUUCGUGAUGGGUGUGGUAGAUACAGCCAAUGGCGUCGAUCGCUAAAAAAAAUAUAACAUAAAUAUAGAAUAUUAAAAAGGGGUGUCUUUAUCUCCUGAAAAAAAGAACGAUAUGACAUAUUGCAUGACCGAUAGUAUUAUUAGCGUAUUCGACUCUUAAAGAUCACGUGGUUACGAGCGUAUGUACAUUUUUGUAAUGCCAUAUUAUAUUUGUUAGUAAAUAUAUAUAUAAAAUUAUAUAUAUAUAUAUAUAUAUUGUGAAUAGAAUUAUGAAGUUAGAGAUUUAUUAGUCAUUAAGUAUAUAUAGUAUAUAUAUAUAUAUAUAAAAUGAGAAGGAAAGAAAGAAUAUAAAAGAAGAAAAGAAUAAUAGAACAUACGUGUGCGAUUCAACCGAGAUUUAUGCGCCGGAAGCGAAUUGAAAUUUUUGUUUUUUUAAUAUUGUUAUUUGAAACACACAACAUAUAUGAAACCAAAGAAAACAUUUUUGCGAGUGAGAGAACUGUAAACGCCUGCUAGCUCAAUGUAUAUUAAAGGGAACUGUAAUUUUUUUCUUAA